AUGGAAAUAGAAAAAAAAUGUGGCCUUUGUGGAGAGGACUCAAAACAUAAGUGCGCUGCUUGCCAGCUAGUUUACUAUUGCUGUCCUGAACACCAGAAAAAGCAUUGGCGUGUUAAGCACAAAAAUGAAUGCGCGAAACCAUAUGAGCUGGCCAAGAAUGAGGAAAUCGGUCGGUUCUUCGUAGCAACAAAAGCAAUUGGAAAAGAUACAAUUCUUUUCACCGAAAAUCCGCUCGUCAUAGGGCCGAAAUGGAAUUUGGAUGAGUAUGAGCAGAGGUCGACGAUAGUACCGUGUGUAGGUUGCUUCGCUGAUUGUCACCUAGGACAAUUCCAGUGCGGUUUGUGCCGAUGGCCAGCCUGCAAACCCGAUUGCCCCGGCCUAACCAAUGGUAAUUUGCAUGGAUUAGAGUGUGGUAUACUUCGUUUCGGACAUCCACCGAAGCCAGGAGAUGAUCCAGAGUCCUUCUUCGAAUAUUAUCGUUAUGAUGCGCUGCUUGUGCUUAAGUGUCUUGCUACCCAGAUUGGAAGUCCUGCCCUGUUUGACCAGAUGAUUAAUCUCGAAAGCCACUACGAGGCUCGCAAGGGUACUCGUUACUUUCGUGAUGCCGAUGAACGUAUCGUGUCGUAUUUAAUCCGAAAUUUUUUGGAGCCUCUUCAAAAACUGGAACUUAAGGAAGGAAAACAGGUUCUUAAGAUUUGUGAUCGGAAAACACUCCAUAUGAUAAGCGGCAUCCUCGAAGUGAAUGCAAUGGUCAUCCCCCUUGCCAAUGGCAGGGAAAUAUGUGGCCUAUAUCCGAUCGGAUGUAUGUUGGAACACUGUUGCAUCCCCAAUUCGUUCUACACAUUUGAUUGCUCUAAAGGCAUGAAACUUACAUUCAAAGCGGGAAGAGACAUUGAUAAGGGUGAGCACUUAUCGACAACGUACACACACUCGCUGUGGGGUACCCAACUUCGUCGCGAGCAUCUAAAGACAAACAAAUACUUUUCAUGCAAAUGUGAAAGAUGCUCGGAUCCAACCGAGUUGGGAACGUUUUUGAGUGCGUUGCGUUGCAUGGGACUAGAAGGUGACCCUUGUGGUGGGUUUCAGCUGCCGAUUGAUCCGCUCUCCAAUGAAAGUGAUUGGAAAUGCAAUAAUUGUCCUGUGCAAAUUACAUACGACCAAGUGAACUUUCUUAUGGGCAAGAUAGGAGAAGAAGUCGACGAUGUUAUGGAACGAAAAUCUUCAGUUAAGGAAUUCGAAGACCUGAUUCAUAAACUACAAAACUUCUUACAUCCAAAUCACUUUCAUUUACUGACGUUGAAACAUUCGCUAAUACAAAUGUAUGGCCAUUUCAAAGGCUUCCUAUUAUGGGAGUUGUCAGAUGAAAUCUUGAAGAGAAAAUUGCAAAUGUGCCGCGAUAUGAUGCGUAUCAUUGAUACACUAGAUCCACAAUCAUUUCGAUUAAGUUUGUACGCUGGUGUUAUUUUUCUUGAGCAGCAAGCUGCACUACUAGAACUGAUCAAAAGAACUCAAAGAAAAUGUGAUGCAGAAUCUCCGAUGGAUAAUAAAAUAGGAGACGUACAACGGAACUACGACGAAGUGGUUCAAUGUCUUAGCCGAGCGAAGGCCAUUCUAAAAAAUGAGAUGGGUACCCAGCAGGGGAAAAAGCUACUAGAGAAAGUGCUUGAAGCUUUAGACCAAGCUGAAUCAAUGAAAAAUAUGGUCACAGUUUCGCUUGUUGAUUAAUCUAUAGAAAAAGAUCCUUUGCCUUAACUACAUUUCGGGCAUCGUCGUCCAGACGCUUUAUUUAUUUUCUUUUGGAAUAUGGUACUAUGACAGAAUGAUAUAUACAUAUAUAUCAUAUCAUUUCAUUUAUUUAUGAUUACAUAAGAGAUAUCAAAUGUUGGUAGCAUACAACCUAGAAAUAAUAUGAUCGAACAGAAAAUAUAAAAUUU